AUGUCAAUUGGUCGAUAAAAUGACCGACAGCUUUCUACGCGAAUAACAAAGGCCGACCGGGGCUUCGCGUGAAGGAAUAAACCAAUCACAGUGACGGAGAAGUAAAAAAAGGAGGAGCUUUUAGAGUUUCUUCAGAAGUGGCGGUUUGUUUCAAUAUGGCGGCGGUUGCAGAGGGAGAAACGGAUGCUGCUGGGAUUUAUUGGAUUAACGACACGUCAGAAGACGAUCAGUCAUCCGUAGUGUUUGUUCCAGGAGUGAGUAAAAAGAUGGGACUGAAGUCUGGCUCCAUAACCAGUAACGAAAAGAAGUCCAAGGGGAAACCUUCCUUAGACAUCCACGGGAGCAACAGGAAAAAAACAGGCAGAGUAUCAGUUUUACCUGCAGCGAAAAUGUCUUUACAGGCGAUCUCAGAUUGUUCAUCCCAAUCCAAAACUCUACCUCAGAUGUCAGGAGCGUCACAGACUCUGGACGACGCUUACAGACUGCAGGUCAGGAGCAAGGCUUCGUUGAAAGACCUUUGUCCAGAAGACAAGCGUCGCAUCGCCAACCUGAUCGAAGAGCUGGCAAAAGUAAGUGAGGAGAAAGAGGAAUCCGUGCAGAGGCUCAAAGACGAACAGGAGACGUUUGAGAAGAAGAUCCAACAGCUGGAACAGCAGAACAGACUCAUCGUCCGGGAAAGAGAGAGCUUGCAGCAGCAGUACAAGGAGUGUCAGGAGCUGCUGGGACUCUAUCAGCAGUACCUUUCCCAACAGCAGGAGAAACUCAAUCAGUCCAUCUCCCAGCUGAAUCACUCACGCUCCCACUCCCACUGUAAGAUAGCCAGCAGUGAGAGAACAUUAAGCAGAGUCCACAGUGAGAGAGGAAGAGGUGCUGCUCUCGACGGAUCUUAUUUGGACCCCCCUAAUUCUGGAAGAACAGGGUCAACAGGUUGUGCUCACUCAUUUAUAGCUGGCGUGCGCUCUGGGCCAACCUCCAUGCCCUCAUGUUGUAUCGAGCAUGAUGGAGGGAGUCACGAGGAAGAGCCAGCAGGUGUCCGCGAGCGUCCGGGGGGUAAUUGGAGUGAGCCAGCACACGAUAUGCGCUUUAAAAGGGAUCAGGUGGUCAGCGACGCCACUGAGCCGAGAGACUCAUGGCACGGAUCGGGACUGAAAAAUGGAACCGGGUGCAGCGCAGAGCCCAGCGAGACGGCGCCCUACAUUGGCAGAGAGGACUGGGAGGAAAAGCGCCAGCGCUUGCUCGUUCAGAAGAGGCAGCUGGAGGCGGAAAGAGAGAGGCUGCAGGUUCGACUUGCAGAGCAAGAAGAGAGGCUGCUAAAACAGAACCAGGAGCUCAGACAAUCCCGUCUCAACCAUAGCAAGUUUCAGCAAGAAUUAGAGCAGUCCUUUAAUGAAAUCAGAUAUAACAAAGCACCUCAGCGAAGUGUCACUGCAGAUCCACGCAGUGAAGGAAAAGAGGAAGGUCUUCAGGCCUUAAAGGAAAGUUCCAGACAGCCUUUAAGUGAAGUUCAACCACAAGAGCACAACCUUGAACAAACUCAACCCAGACUUUCAAACGAACUCUCUACAGUUGCUAGGAAGGAUAUGGCCACCUCUCCUGUGCCUGCCCAGAACUUCCAAAAAACUGCUCUACGCCAGGUGUUUCCUGCCAGCCAUCCCAGAACCCCCGGGUCAUCAAAGUUGGAUUCCUCUUUGGUUGAGCUCUUGGAUAUUUUCAGUCCGAUUAGUAACACGGAGAAAAGCAGAGUCAGCUCGUCUACACACAGGAGCCUCGCCGGCCCUCGUCAGACUCUCAGUGCCGUUCGGCCCGCGCGCAGCUCUGCGCUUUCUCCCCGUGGACAAACGCAGCCCUCACAGGAAGAGCUAGAGGAGAGUCAGAUUCUGGAAGACAUCUUUUUCAUUUGCUAACAAAAAAAACUUCACUAGAACCUUAAUGAGAGCACAAAACACUUUCCAGUAAUGUACAUAGAGCUUAAGUGCUAACCAUCAGACAGCUGUGCAUUAUUCCAUUUCUAAUUUCAUUACUAGAUUUCUAAUUAUUUGUUUGAUCGUUGGUCUUAAAUCGCUUCCCAGUGUCUGUAUUACUGCCUUAAUUGUUAUUGUAUGCCAAAGUAAUCAUUGAAUUUAUUUGUAAGGUUUUUAAAAAAGUUUUUUACUUUAACGCUAAUAAACAUGUACUGUAUUUA